AUGUCAAAGCGACCAACAGUGGUCAAACCAGCAACUGAGGGUUCAAAACGUAUAGUCACCAAGCAGUGGAAUGAGAACAACUCAAAUCCACAAAAAUAUGAAAUUGAUUCCAUCGAACAGGUGAUGCCAUGUGCCCCAAUGUUAAUGAGUUUUGAGAACACUCGUUCUGAAAUGGAGAGAACGAUCGGUGCCAAAUUCCUCCAAAGCAAAAAUGUGUGGAUAUGCCCUCCAGCCGAAUACUUCGACAAAAUCAUUAACGAGGGUUGUGCAUGUUUACCGGAAUUCAACGCGUUCUUCACAAACGACGUGUCCCUAGCAAUUAAAGAUGGGUAUCACCCUUACCGUGUUAUCUUAUGUCGAGUCUUGUUGGGUCGCGACGGAAGGGACUACGAAUUUAAAUACGGCAAAUUCAAGUUGAAAAGGAUUUGCGCGAUUCCUUCGUUCAUCGUCACUUUUGUCGCCGAAAUCGACACACAAGCGCCAGCGGCUCGUGCAUCCGAAACAGCCAAAGAUGAGGCUUAUGAGAAUUUAAUUAACAACGGACACCUCGGCGAGACUAAAGAAAACAGAGUUGUCGACGAUGAUGGCAAUUUAACAAACACUUCCCAACCAUCUUCGCAGACUUCAAGCGCGACGGCAACUCCGCAAAAAGUCAUCAAAGUCGAAGGACAGAAGUUCUGUGACAACUGUGGGGAGUUGUGCACUGGCAGUGCAAAGUUCUGUCCGUCAUGUGGUUUCAAGUUUUAA